GUCUGGCACAGCACAGUUCAGAAACGCAAGAGACUCGAUACACUGUGUGUGGAACUUUAUCGAAGCAGCAAACCAAAUCAAACCAAAUGGAUUAUUAUGCAGAUGGCCGUGAUCCCAAAACUGGGAAGCUGCUCGGAAACACCGACGAGCGUCUCGACAGCGGUUUGGAUUCGCUGAGGGAGGAUGAAUAUUCGUCUGUGGAGUGUGAAUUUAGGCGGAUGGAUUUGUCCCGCGAUGGGCAGGAGGUCUAUGAAGAACCCUGGAAGAAAUAUCUCACCGAGGACGGAGACACGUAUCUGCAUCUUAGUAUAAUACACGAGGCACAAGAUGCUGCAUUGAAGAUCAUUCAUUUGUCCAACGGUGAAGCCUUCCUCAACAUACAGAACAACCAAAGACAGACCGCCUUGCAUUUGGCAGUGAUCACAGAGCAAACUAUUAUAGUGGACCGAUUACUUAAAGCCGGGUGCGAUGCGACCCUGGUUGAUGAUCGGGGUAACACAGCACUUCACAUUGCCUGCAGAACGGGAUCUCUGGCCUGCUUCAGUCUCCUGACGCAAGGCUGCCCACAGCAACUACCAGCCAUCUUUCAGACACCAAACUUUAGCGGUCAGAAAUGCAUCCACGUGGUCGCCACCCAAGGUUACCUGUCGUUAGUAGAAAACCUCAUUCAGCUUGGCGCAGACAUCAACGCACAGGAACAGUGUAAUGGCCGAACUGCCCUUCACUUAGCGGUCGACCUGCAGAACUUGGACCUCGUUCGGCUUUUAAUCAGCAAAGGUGCUGAUGUUAACAGCUUAACAUAUGGAGGUCACACAGCUUAUCACCUGACCUACGGACGGUCGAAUAAAGACAUAGAGAGAGCCCUGUUUGAAGUCACCGCGCCGCACCUGUGGGAACUUCCAGAUAGUGAGUCGGACGACACAGAUGAAUAUUCUGAAGACUCGGAAAACGAGAUUUAUGAUGAUAUUGUAGUAGCCGGGCAGUAGGAAAGUGCAAAAGGACUUUCGGAAUUCUGUGGAAUGGAGAGAUACAGAACUGUUCUCAUUCGAGGAGCCCAGGGACAAGUCCAGACAGGGGCUUGCGGUGGGACAAGACGGCUCUUGGCUCGUUCAAGUAAAAGACCGAUCCAGAAGAAGGAGCCCAAGAAAAGAAGGUUAUUUGUGGAUGUUUUACCAGACCAUCUUAAGAGGAACACUGGACUGAGGCCAGCAAAUGUACCUUUGGCCGUCUGUGUUGGAAUAUAUCCAGCUCAAAUCAGCAGCUGUAUAUCUAUUGUACUGUGAUGUGUAAAUUAUUGUGUAUACAAACAGAUUUAUUUUUAUAACAACAUGUAAAUGUGUAUAUGAGAAGUUUUCUUGUAGAAAUACAUGAGAUGCUUUAAAUUAAAACCUUUGACAACUUUA